AUGGAAGACCUCGAGAGCAAAGAGUUGAAGGCAUCCGCCGGCGAUGCAUCCCACGAUGCCUCUCCCCACGGCGACGUCGGCGACGUCGAUAUGAAGGAGGUCCAGGACGACAACGGACCCGCCGAGCUGAGCCGCGACGGCCACCUCGCGACCACAAACAGAAAGAGCCAUGCGACUGAUACGAUCGUGGCGACGACGAUGGUGCCGCCCCGAGCCGGAAUUGAGAGGCAGGGCCGGACUUGGCGCGACAGAGCGAAUCCACUGCGAUGGGGCGGCCGGAUCCCCGAGGUUCCAGAGGAGCGCAUCGUGUCUCGGGAAUACAGGGCUGGCUUCUUGAGCAAGCUGACGUUUGACUGGAUGUCGCCUCUCAUGAUAACGGGUUGCAAGCGCCGGCUCGAACAGGGCGACAUCUGGGCCAUCAACCCGGACCGCGCCGUCGAGCCGCUGACAAAGCUGGUGCGCGAGUCUUUUCGGCGGCGGAUCCGGGCCGGCGACAAGCACCCGCUCUUCUGGGCGCUGCACGACAGCUUCAUCUUCGAGUUCUGGAUCGGCGGCCUCUGCGCCCUGGUCGGCGCCCUGCCGCAGGUCAUCGCGCCCUUUACCCUUCGUUUCCUCAUCCAGUUCGCCACCGAUGCCUACCAGGCUAGCGUCCAGCAGCGGCCGCGGCCGCCCAUCGGCCGCGGUGCCGGGCUCGUCGUCGGCAUCACGGCCAUGCAGAUUUUGCAGAGCCUGUGCGUCAGCCACUUCAUCUAUCGCGGCAUGAUGAUCGGUGGGCAGAGUCGUGGCGUGCUCAUCAGCAUGGUUUACGAAAAGGCAAUGGUCAUCUCGGGCCGCGCGCGCGGCGGUGGCGCAGUAGGAGGGGCCGAGAAACAAGGCCAGACGGAGGAGGAGGAGGACAAGGGGGAGGAGGCGGACGUGGGCGAAAAGAAGGCCAACAAGAGGAGCAGCAAGGACUGCAGCAAGGAUGGCGGCAUCGGCUGGGCCAACGGCAGCAUCGUCAACCUCAUGAGCGUCGACACGUACCGCAUCGACCAGGCCUCGGCCUUUUUCCACAUGAUCUGGACGGCGCCCAUCCUCUGCCUCAUCACUCUCAUGCUCCUCCUCGUCAACCUGGCGUACAGCGCGCUCGCCGGCUUCGCCCUGCUCGUCCUCGGCGUGCUGGUGCUGACGCGGGCUAUCCGCAGCCUGUUCCGCCGCCGCGAGGCCAUUAACAAGAUCACGGACCAGCGCGUCUCGCUGACGCAGGAGAUCCUGCAGUCGGUCCGCUUCGUCAAGUACUUUGGCUGGGAAAAGGCCUUCCUCGACCGCCUCGCCCAGUUCCGCGCCCGCGAGAUUCACGCCAUCCAGGUGCUGCUGGCCAUCCGCAACGCCAUAAACGCCGUCAGCAUGUCGCUGCCAAUCUUCGCCUCGAUGCUCUCCUUCAUCGUCUACUCGCUCUCCCACCACGACCUUUCCCCGGCGGAGGUCUUCUCCUCCCUCGCCCUGUUCAACGGCCUGCGCAUCCCGCUCAAUCUCCUGACCCUCGUCCUGGGCCAGGUCACCGACGCCUGGUCCUCGCUCCAGCGCAUCGAGCAGUUUCUCACCGAGGAGGAGCAGGACGAGGACGCCGUCAUGGACCCUGAGGGACCCAAAGCCAUCGAGCUGCGCGGCGCCGCCUUCACCUGGGAGUGGACGACCUCCCAGGACCCCAACGUCGGCACCCUCACCGCCGCCGACAAUGCGAGCAAGCCGUCGGAAGCCCCUCGCCACCCGGGUUCCGCCAAAGAAGACGGCGCCAGCACGCUGGCCGAGGAGCGACGAGACCCCUUCAAGCUGCAGGGCCUCGAUCUGCAGGCUGCCCGGAACGAGCUCAUCGCCGUUAUCGGCUCCGUGGGGAGCGGUAAGAGCUCGCUUCUGGCCGCUCUAGCCGGCGACAUGCGCAAGACGAGCGGGAACGUCGUCUUUGGCGGAUCGCGGGCAUUUUGUCCGCAGUAUGCUUGGAUCCAGAACACGACGCUGCAGAACAACAUUACCUUUGGCAAAGAUAUGGACAAGCGCUGGUACAGGAAGGUGAUUAAAGCAUGCGCCCUCGAGGCCGACCUCGACAUGCUCCCCAACGGCGACCAGACAGAAAUCGGCGAACGCGGCAUCACCAUCUCGGGCGGCCAGAAGCAGCGCCUCAACCUUGCGCGCGCCAUCUACUUUGACACUGACAUCGUCCUCAUGGACGACCCGCUCAGCGCCGUCGACGCCCAUGUGGGGCGACACAUCUUUGACCAGGCCAUCCUCGGCCUGCUGGGGGACAAGUGCCGCAUCCUCGCAACACACCAGCUCUGGGUGCUCGCCCACUGCGACCGCAUUAUCUGGAUGGAGGGUGGCAAGAUCAUGGCGGUCGGAACCUUUGAAGAACUCCUAAGAGACCACAGGGGCGUCCAGGUGCUGAUGGAGAUGACAGCCGAGGAGGACGGGAAGAACAAGAAGAUGGACGAGGGCGAGGACGAGGCUAUGGAGGGAGAGGAGGCGGCAGCGGCAGAGGCAGAGGCGGCCGGGGGGCCGGACAAAGAGACGAAAUGGAGCAGACAGAGGGGCGCGGCGCUGAUGCAGCAGGAAGAGAGAUCCGAGUCGAGCGUGCCGUGGUCCGUCUACGGCGCCUACGUGCGCGCUUCGGGCUCCCUGCUCAACGCACCCCUCCUCCUCGUCGUCCUCGUCCUCUCACAGGGCGCCAACAUCAUGACAAGCCUGUGGCUCUCGUACUGGACGUCGGACCGGUUCGGCCUCUCGGCGGGCCAGUACAUGGGCGUCUACGCGGGGCUCGGAGCGAUACAGGCGCUCCUCAUAUUCCUGUUCUCUGUCCUGCUAUCCGUGCUCGGGACGCGGGCGUCGUGGGUGAUGUUGCGCGACGCGGUAACACGAGUGCUACGGGCCCCAAUGGCCUUUUUCGACACGACGCCGCUCGGGCGCAUCACCAACCGCUUCUCGCGCGACGUCGACGUCAUGGACAACAACCUGACAGACGCCUUCCGCAUGUUCAACUUCACCCUGGCCAUGGUAAUCGCUGUCUUCGCCCUCAUCGUCACCUUCUUCCACUACUUUGCAUUCGCCCUCGUGCCGCUCUGCCUGCUCUUCGUCAUGACCGCCUCCUACUACCGCGCCUCGGCGCGAGAGGUCAAGCGCUUUGAGUCGGCCAUGCGCUCCCACGUCUUCGCCAAGUUUGGCGAGGGCCUUAGCGGCGUUGCCACGAUCCGGGCCUACGGGGUCCGGGCGCGCUUCGUCGGCGGGCUCCGCGCCGCUAUCGACGACAUGAACGCCGCCUAUUACCUGACCUUUGCCAUGCAGCGCUGGCUAUCGGUCCGGCUCGACUUGGUAGGCAACGCGCUCGUCGUCACCGUCGCCAUCCUCGUCGUCACGUCGCGCUUCAACGUCGACCCGUCCAUUAGCGGCCUCGUCCUCAGCUACAUCCUCUCCAUUGUCCAGAUGCUGCAGUUCUCCAUCCGCCAACUGGUCGAGGUUGAGAACGGGAUGAACGCGGUCGAGCGGCUGCACCACUACGGCUCCGAGCUCGACGAGGAGGCCCCGGCGCACACGGUCGACGUGCGCGCCUCGUGGCCCGAGACGGGCGACAUCGUCUUCGACGGGGUCGAGAUGCGCUACCGCGACAAGCUGCCCCUCGUCCUCCGCGGCCUGUCUAUGCACGUGGCCGGCGGCGAGCGCGUCGGCAUCGUUGGCCGCACCGGCGCCGGCAAGAGCUCUAUCGUCAGCACUCUCUUCCGCCUCGUCGAGAUCUCGGGCGGCUCCAUCACCAUCGACGGGCUCGACAUCGCCACAGUCGGCCUGCACGACCUGAGGUCCCGCCUGGCCAUCAUUCCCCAGGACCCGACUCUGUUCCGCGGCUCCGUCCGCAGCAACCUCGACCCCUUUGGCGAGCACUCAGACCUCAAGCUCUGGUCCGCCUUGCGGCAGGUCGACCUCGUGCCUGAGGACCCUUAUUCGGCCACUCGCGCUCCCUCUUCCCCCUCUUCUUCCCUCCCCGCCACCACCUCCUCUCCAUCCCCACGCAUCCACCUCGACAGCGCCGUCGAAGAGGACGGGGUCAACUUCUCGCUCGGACAGCGGCAGCUCAUGGCCCUGGCGCGGGCCCUUGUGCGCGGCUCGAAGAUCAUUGUCUGCGACGAGGCUACCUCCUCGGUCGACAUGGUGACGGACGACAGGAUCCAGCGCACCAUGGCCACGGCCUUCCGCGGCAAGACGCUGCUGUGCAUCGCCCACCGCCUGCGCACAAUCAUCGCCUACGACCGCGUCUGCGUUAUGGACGCCGGCCGCAUCGCCGAGCUCGACACCCCCCUUGCCCUGUGGCACCGCCACGGCAUCUUCCGCGGCAUGUGCGACCGCAGCGGCAUCCGCCUUGCCGACAUCCAGGUCGCCGGCGACGCCACCCCGGACGGUCAAAAAGGGGGUCUUUAA